UUUUAAAUGUUUCACCAAUAGCGAGCAAUGAAUAGAAGAACGUAGCAAAAUAGCAGCAUGGUUUCUAUCCCUUUCUUGUACUAUCUCGUUUUACCAGAAUACAAUGGAUGUGUGCAACGUUUGGUAGGUGGGGGUAUUAUGUGAGAAAGAGAGGAAAUAGGAGGGAGAGAAAUCGUCCGCCUUACGAGCCGUCAUGGCUGAUUCAUCGUGAGAGACUCUUCUAGGAGUGUGAUAACAAAUGACAUUGUGGUUGAAUCACUAGGCGUGGAAAUUACAGUGGAUGGAGUUAUUUCUAAAUCAAAGCGGAAAUCUCGAUGCGGAGAUUCCACGAAGAAACGUGAUAAACGGCGUUUUCGCGUGCGCGUAACACCCCCGUGGAACGAUGAACGGGUUAAGUUUUAGUGAAUUGUGUUGCUUGUUUUGCUGUCCACCUUGCCCGUCCAGGAUCGCUGCGAAAUUAGCGUUUCUACCUCCUGAGCCUACUUAUGCGUUUAUUGAGGACGAAGGUUCCAAGGUUACAAUUUCUCUGUCUGAAAGAGCAGAAUGGCAAUAUACGGAAAGGGAGAAAGAGUCGGUGGAAGGUUUCUAUGCAAGAACGUCACGAGGAAACCGAAUUGCCUGUUUGUUUGUACGAUGUUCGGCUACUGCACGUUUUACCAUACUAUAUUCCCAUGGAAAUGCAGUCGAUCUCGGACAGAUGUCUAGUUUUUAUUUGGGGCUUGGGUCUAGAAUAAAUUGUAAUAUAUUCAGUUACGAUUAUUCGGGUUAUGGAGUUUCUGGUGGCAAACCGUCGGAAAAGAAUCUUUAUGCGGACAUAGAUGCUGCGUGGCACGCUCUUAGAACACGUUACGGUAUUAGCCCCGAAAACAUUAUCCUAUAUGGUCAAAGCAUCGGGACUGUACCCACGGUCGAUCUGGCCGCGCGAUACGAGGUUGGCGCAGUUGUUCUGCAUUCACCUCUAAUGUCGGGAAUGCGAGUUGCUUUCCCUAACACCAAAAGAACUUGGUUCUUUGACGCCUUCCCUAGUAUAGACAAAGUACCCAAGGUGACAUCUCCCGUUUUGGUAAUUCAUGGAACCGAAGAUGAUGUAAUAAAUUUUAGUCAUGGUUUGGCAAUUUACGAGAGGUGUCCAAGAGCAGUAGAGCCAUUAUGGGUCGAGGGUGCUGGCCAUAAUGAUGUAGAGUUGUACGAUCAAUACUUAGAGCGAUUGAAACAAUUUGUAAGCGUGGAACUGAUAAACUGACAGCGACUAAGCCUCUCCCAGAAUCAGGGGGGGCAGGGAGGAGGACAUACACACGUGAGCAGUCAAGGACACACUACUUCUAAUAAUUCAAAUACUACCAGCUCUAUUUCGACAAGCUCACAGACUGAGAAGCUUGUCUAGCAAUCGCCUCCCACAGGGGAGAAGGCACCUGUCCUCCCCUGUGACGAAGAAUCAUCUUUCGUUUCUAUUGACGACGGAUUCUUCUUCCGUGAUCAACAGAUAGAUAUUAAUCAGGAAGUUCUUUAUAAAGAUUCUUUAAAGGAAACAUGUUCCGAAGAUGAUGACUCCAGUUUAGAUAGUAAUUCGAAAAGAGCUAUACAACAAGAUGAGAAGAGUAUGAAAGAAGAGGAAAUAGUAACAGAUGUUCAAGAUAACAAACACAGUAAAACGAUAUUAGGGAGUACCUCUAUUUGCCACAACUUCCGAUUGAAUCAUAUUAGUCAAGUUGCAAAAAAGCAUAUUUCUUUACCGAAAAAUUUAAAAAAUCCAUUUGGUAAAAAUCAAAAGAAUAUUGUUCACAGGACUUUGAAAAAUUCAUUUGGUCAAAGUCAUAGUAAGAAAGCUGAUACACAAAUAUCUCAUACGACAUUAGUUGACAUACAGGUUGAAGACUGCCGACAAUACGCGAUCGGAGAAAAGUCACUGUCCUCAUUUUCCAAUAUUCCUAAUGAUAAUAAUAAAAGUAUUUCAGACUGUAAAAGUAUUCAAAGUCAGUUCAAAAUAGAAAGGAAAUCUCCUAUAAAUCAAUUCAAAUAUAGUAGUAUAGAAUCCGUUUUGGAUUCAGAAUGUACGAAGAAUAAUAAGAAACAUUGUUGUACUAAAAUUUUAAGUAAAGACGUAAUUGUAAAAGGUAAGAGGUCCGAAGAGCAUGAAUCACAAGCUUAUAAUGAAAAAUCAGCAGAAUCUACGAAAAAGUUUUCGUGGAGUAGUAAGAGCAGUAAAUUUGCAAGUAAAAGUUUCGAAAAAACAUGCAAAGAUAAAGGAAAAAGCCAAGAUUCAAUGGAAAAGAAACUGAGAGCUAAAAGAAUUCUUUCCAGCCCGUUAAGAAAAUUUGGUCGGUCGUCUUUGACAAUCGAGCCAGAUAAAAUUAUGAUAAACUUACCAAAGUGUUCUCCUUGUGCUUGUAGGUUGGCUGCAAGCUCAAAGAUUUUAUCCAAUGAUUCCAGUUUACUUUCCCGAUUCACUACGAAUCACGAGAGUCCUCACCACGCUGUACGUUCGAAGAGUCCAUCGCAUAUAAACGUACAGAUAGACAUUAGUUCGAAGACUUCAGAAAGAACAUCAAUACAGACUAAUUUGUUACCAAAUGUAAAACAAUUUCAAAAAUCACGGUAUACACCUCGAAGCAGAAGCGUCGGUGAGUUGUGCAACAUUGUCAACAAGUGAAGCAGUCUUGAAUUAUUCGUCUAUUAGAACGGAACUAUCGUAUUCAACAAACUGGACUCUCGACAUCAUCAGUUGAAUGUUCGGGAAAUGUUAUUCAGAAGUUGAAGCGAGAACUAUACAAAUCGAAUGCCCUGAUAAAAUUUAACAAGCAACUUUAGAGACAGUGUUAACUAAAUAAUAUGAAUUCCACGUGUCUCGCCGAGUUGUCGUUCCAUUAUUCUUCCACAUAACUGUCUUUAAAGAAAUCAUAGAUUUAUACGCACGACACUUAUUCGGGCUGUAACAGUGCUAGUGAGACUGUGCACAUAAAUACAUAUGCGAUAUAUACAUAAAAAUUAUUAUAUUUCUAGAGAUAUGAGAUAAUAUAUCUGUGCAUAUUAAAUAUUCUUACUACACAUGCGUACACAUACUGAUGCAUGCGUGUGUUUGUUGUAAGUCGUUUUCGCAGCGUACGCUGUGAAACGUUGUUAUGACAAAUAUGUCAAGUAUUAUUAUCAUUAUUAUUAUUAUUACUAUUAUUAUUAUUUGAUCUUUAUCAUCAUUCUCUUCAAGACUAAGGAGUCGAAUAUAGCUUACAUUGAAAUACUUUCUGCUACCACGAAUGCUAUUAUACUCGAUUGUAGCAAGUGUGUGGCACUAAAAUUCUUCGCUGAACCUAUACUCGUUACUUUAAACGUCGAUAUAAUUUUAUAUUAUUAUUAAUUGAUAAAAAAAUCAGACAACUUUGUAAAUGCUUUUUUUGUGAUCAUUUUAUUAUUUUCUUAUGCAUUUAAACUUAUUUCUCCGAAAGAAAAGAGAAUAAGUAACGAUUAAUAAAUUUGUUAUUGAAUGUGGGAUGUGUUCUGCAUUGCGUGUUUUUAUGACUUUUAUAAAUUAGGUUCAGCGGUAAAAAAAAUGUUACGUGAAGUCGCAUGAUUUUAUAAGUAAAUCGCUGUCACUCAGACCGGAAUAUAUGAUAGCUGUACCGAUAAUGGAAACAUUUGUUUUUGUAUUGACCCACAGCAAAGGCCUGUGCAGCGAGCAAUGGAAAUCUUCCAAGGUAGCAAAGAAUUUAGCAUAGAGACUAAAAGUUAAUGGAUAGCGUUAAGAAAAUGUGUAAGUGUAAGACGUCAUAAAAAACGUUAUGUUUUAAUGACAAUGAAUGAGAUGAUGGUCUUGCAAACAACAAUAAGAAUAAGAAUGCAACUAGAUAGGGACAAUAUUACUGCCAAACUUGAUUAUGAAUUAGUUUAUUUCUAAAGAGGUGAAUCGUUUGGAGGAUCUUGUCUAUAGGUAUGUUUCUUGUUAGUAUUUUUAUAUCUCGAUAAUGUAAAUACAGUACAAUUAAAUAAUUUUUUCUUUACUAGUGUAUGUAUAAUGUAUGCGACAACGUGAAAUGACUGUACGGAGCCAAUGGAAUGAAUCGGCGCUUGUACAUGUAUGUAUUUCUCUAGGGAUUGUUCGUUUUUAAUGUUAAUUUUGCAUUCUCGUGAACAUUUCUACCCGUCCUCGUUGUCUUUUAAACAAUAAAUUGCUAUGAAUGUCUUCAAACUACAA